AUGCACAGAUGCACUGCUGCAACUAGCAAUUUUUGUUGGUGAUAAUUAGAAAAUGCAAAUUGAGAAAGUUACCGGGUCGUCUGUACCGACCCGAUACAGGAAAAAACGGGUACAAAUCGGAUUUAAUAUUACAUUUCUUUAAAAACGGGUCGGACCCACAGUUUUAUAAGCAAGAAAGAGAGAGAGAGAGAGAUGCAGAAGAAGAAGAAGAAGAAGAAGAAGCUGUGGAGAGAGAGAGAGAGAGAGUCAUAUGAUCCGUUUCUUCUUUAAAGACACAGAAAGAGAGAGAGAGCGAGAGUACGGAUACAUUUCAGAAAACAAGAAGCAAGAAGAAGAAGAAGAAAGGAAGAGGAAAAUCCGGGCUGUACCCGAAUACCCAUCUCUCUGAACUCGGGUUCCAAAGUUGUUGUCUUUCUUUUGCCCCUUCUUGGAUUUGGCGUUCAAAGAAACAAACAAACAGCAAAGCAACAACAAGCACUUUGGUCUGAAACGAGGUUCCUUGUUCCUGCAUAGGAAUAUAGGAUAGGAAGAGUGAGAAUCCCUUAACCUCCUCCUCUGUUUAUAAGAAGAAGUGGUCUCACAUUGACCUCUUCUAAAUUCGUCAACCAUCCUCUUGGGUCUUCUUCGGUUCAGGGGAGGCUUAUAUUGACUUUUUUUGCAAAAAGAUUGAAUUGUGAAUCAGAGAUCUAUCCAUCUCUGUAUGAAGCUGAAGAACAAUGGGUGAUGGUAACCUCAAGAAAAGCAAGCUGUCAUGGCCCAAAACGUUGGUCAAGAAAUGGCUCAACAUCAAGAGCAAAUCAGAAGAUUUUCACGCAGACGACUUGGACAGAGGUGAAGGUGGUGGAGAUUGGAGGAACAAUGUCAUUGAAAGAGAGGAAGCAUGCUCUGUCCGUAAAAGCAAAACUGAGACUCGGAGCAAAAGGAACAGCGGAAGAGCCAGACGAAACAAACUCGAUGUCGAUCCACCGCUUGAUCAUCUUAGGGUUUUUACUGCCACAUGGAAUGUCGCCGGCAAAUCUCCGCCGAGUUAUUUAAAUCUCGACGAUUGGCUUCACACUUCUCCUCCUUCCGACAUUUACGUUCUUGGCUUCCAAGAGAUCGUUCCUUUGAACGCCGGCAACGUUUUAGGCACCGAGGACAACGGACCCGCCAGGAAAUGGGUCUCUCUCAUCCGAAGAACCCUAAACAGCCUUCCCGGCGGAAGCUGCCAGACUCCUUCUCCUGUUCCCCACCCGGUCGCCGAGCUCGACUCUGACUUUGAAGGCGACUCAGCCGCUGGUGCUAACUCGUUAUUCUACCAUCGGAGCAGGAGCAUGAGGAUGGACGCGUCUGCAUCAUCCCUGCCACAGCAGUUUGACCGCAGAUUCAGCGUCUGUGACCGUUUCAUGCUGGGCGACACACCUGACGACUUCUACGACCAGAGCUUUAGGUAUUGCUCCUCUGAAGACGAGCCAGCAGAUUCUCCUUGUCAUGAUCACUAUUCCCCUGUCUCGAGGACUGGUUCCUUUGUGGCAGACGACAGAGACAAAGGAAGAGACAAGUCUAAGUACUGUUUAGUGGCCAGUAAGCAGAUGGUUGGGAUAUUCUUAACCGUUUGGGUCAAGAGUGAUCUAAGGGACAGUGUCAACAACCUCAAAGUGUCUUGCGUUGGGAGAGGCUUGAUGGGUUAUCUUGGAAACAAGGGCUCCAUUUCGAUCAGCAUGUCCGUUCACCAGACAAGCUUCUGCUUUGUCUGCAGCCACUUGACGUCUGGUCAGAAAGAAGGAGACGAGCUGAGAAGAAACUCUGAUGUUUUGGAGAUUCUAAGGAAAACCAGAUUCCCUAGAGUGAACAAUGCCGGCGACGACAAGUCUCCUCAGAUGAUUUCAGAACACGAUCGGGUAAUCUGGCUUGGAGACUUGAACUACCGUAUAGCUCUUUCUUACCGGUCUGCAAAAGCUCUUGUCGAGAUGAGAGAUUGGAGGGCCUUGCUUGAGAAAGACCAGCUACGGAUAGAACAACGAAAAGGCUGUGUCUUUGAAGGAUGGAAGGAAGGGACUAUAUAUUUUCCACCAACUUACAAAUACUCUAACAAUUCAGAUAUUUAUGCUGGCGAUGAUCGCCUUCCCAAGGCCAAGAGACGCACUCCAGCAUGGUGUGAUCGCAUACUCUGGCACGGGAGUGGUAUCAGUCAGCUGUCAUAUGUUCGCGGGGAAUCAAGGUUCUCUGAUCACAGACCAGUCUACAGUUUGUUCUCAGUAGAGAUUGAAUCGGCAUAUAGAAACCGUAUCAAGAAAAGCUCCAGUUACACCAGCUCUAGGAUCGAAGUUGAGGAACUUCUUCCUCAACGCUAUGGAUAUUCUGAGCUUAACCCGUACUAACGAUUCAUCAUCGGUCCUGAAUCCGUUUGUAGACAGACCCCAAGGGAGGAUUCAAUAUUUCUAAAGCCUGAACAAAAGAAAAAUGGUAACUAUAUUUUUGAUGAUCAAUGAUUAUGGAAAUUUCAGGUUGGUGUUGCUCUUGUUUUCUGAUAUCAUCAACUGGUCUUUUUUGCGGGAUAUAUCAGGGGUUGGAGAUUUGUGAAUCAUAGAAGAGUCAUGGAAAGGUCAGAUAUUGGUCAAGAUCUCUGGUGCCUAAGCCCUGUUUCUCGGUGACAAACAGGAGAAGAUUCGAGUGAAAACAGAAGAGAGUAAAAAAGUAUAGCUUCAGCGCUGAACAAGUAAUAUCUUUAGGAUUAUAGAGAAGUGACCAGUUUUUUUGGUUUAAAACCCAUUAGUUAUCUCUCCAUAAGAUUGUAGGAUUCGUCAAACUUGUGUAUAGUUGUAUGCUUUGUAAAUAUAAUGGAUUCUUUGUAAGGGACCAAUGGGUUUAGAUUGGAAAGAGCAGAGUUAAAAAAAAAGUUUUUUGCAGUUUCUUGUCC